ACGCAAAACGCUACCAUGGGACUCCAGCCUAACCGCGUGUUAGUAAUUGUGGUUUGUUUAUAAAUAUAUAUUAAAAUCAUAACCGAAUUUUAAUUUCUUGAGAUUAUUUUUCUUGUUUAACAUCUAAUGCUUUUCAAAUGUACAAAAGUGAUAAAUAUUGAAACAAUAGAUUCACAUAUAUUUACAGAUACAUAUAAGAUACUCAACUUACAAAAUAUUCUCUAAACAUGGUUUAGAAUUGUGAGAAUUCGCCGAAUAACGACAUAAAGAUAUACAACUAGAUAGUCAUGUCUGCUUUAAAAGCUCACGAUGUCAGUAAUUCGUCGAGAACCAGCGAUAUAAAAGUUAAUGAAGAAGUAACUUUUUCGCAGUUAAGUCUCUCUCAAAAGACUUUAGAUGGCCUUUUAUAUUGUGGUUUUAUCAAGCCCUCACCAAUACAGUUGAAAGCGAUUCCUCUUGGUCGCUGUGGAUUCGAUUUGGUGGUACGAGCAAAAUCAGGAACUGGUAAAACAGCAGUUUUUGGUCUCAUAGCUUUGGAAACACUUGAUAUUGAACUAUCAUGUACCCAAGUAUUGAUUUUAGUUCCUACGCGAGAAAUCGCUGUUCAAAUUGCAGAUGUUAUAUCAUCCAUUGGAAGGGAGAUGAAAGGUUUAAAAGUAAACUAUUUCAUAGGAGGGGUUUCGUUAGAUGAGGAUAGAAAAAAACUGAAUAAAUGUCAUAUAGCAGUUGGUGCUCCUGGAAGAAUAAAGCAUUUAAUUGAUAAAGGAUUUUUGAAACCUAAUACUAUUCGUCUUUUUGUGAUGGAUGAAGCAGAUAAAUUAAUGGAGACAAGUUUUCAGAAGGACAUCAAUUACAUUUUUUGUAAGCUUCCAACGGAAAAACAAAUUAUAUCCUCAAGUGCUACGUAUCCAAAUGAUUUGGAAAUAUUUUUAAGUCAAUAUAUGAGUGGACCUGUUUUGGUAUCAACCGAUUAUGAUGGUCCAAUGCUUGUUGGACUGAAACAAUUUGUUGUUAUUGUUCCACACCAUCCGAAUGCAAUGAAGCAGGUACAUAUUAAGACCGAAGAAUUGGCAAAAAUAUUCAGUACGGUUCCUUUUAAACAAUGUUUGGUGUUUUCUAAUUAUCAAACCAGGGCUCAAUCUGUUUGCAAUAAGAUCACAUCAAUGGGAUUUCCAGCCAUGUUUAUAAUAGGAAGUCAAGACAUGAAUAAGCGUCUGGAUUCACUUUCAAAAUUGCAAAAUUAUGAAUGCAAAAUAAUGUUGACCACAGAUUUAACAGCAAGAGGUAUCGACGUUAAAAAUGUGAAUUUAGUGGUUAAUUUAGACAUUCCAAUUGAUAGUGCAACAUAUUUGCAUCGCAUUGGAAGAGCCGGUCGUUACGGAUCAUACGGAAUUUCAAUAACUAUUAUUUCCGAUCGAGAACUUAAGAAUUUUCAAGACCUAAUGUUUCACGUUGGAGGGAAACAUUUUUCAAUUUUCAAGUUACCAAUUCCCUAUCCGUCGGACAUUUGGAAUAUGAAUAACGUGGAUUUUGAAAGAGUCUCAGCCAGUGAUCUGGAAAAAGCAAUAGACAAUUGUAAUGAACAAAAAAAAUUUACUUUAUCGAAUCCAAAUGAACAGAAAGACAUAAUUGAAUAUAAUUCCAUCACGUCAUGUGAUUUUAAAUUAAAAGCCGAAGGAGCAGAAGAACAGAAUAGUGAAGAGUCAAUACAGAAAGACUUUGAAUUAACACAAAAUGUUAAGAAUCUAUUUCAUGAAGAUAAAAAUCCAGAAAUUUACAAAUCAAACCAAAUUGUUCAUAAUGGUCAUUCAGAAACUGAUGAUAAAUAUUGUGUAGAAAAUGAUUACGAAAAUGGACUAAAUCCGUCAAUUGUAGUUCAGUCGGAAGAGCCAAUUAUUAACAAAACUGCAAAAUUAGAAUUAGAUUCACAUAAUACUGAAAUGUUGAAAUUAACAGAAUUGUUUAUUAAAAAAAUAAGUAGUUGUAUAUUUAAUGAAGAUUUUAAAGUAAAGGAAGAAGGGACUUUUCCAUCUGUUUUUGAAUUGUACAAAGAAACAAAAUACACAGGAAAUGGAGCAAUCGAUUCUACGGAAGAAUGUGUUUUAAACACUCAAAAAAUUGUUGAUGAAAAAUUUAGUACACACAAUAGAAAUAUUAGGAAGAAAAUUUUAUCAGAUAGAGUUAAAGAAAAUGGAUAUAUAGCCAAUGGAGGGGGAAAUAAUAUUAAUGAGGAUAUAAAUUCUAAUAUGGAAAAAUUCCUGGAUUAUUUGACCAUUACCACAAAUAUGCGAUGCGAGGCAGAGUAUUUAUCAUAUAUGCUAAAUGUUGAUUAAAUAAAGUUACUAAUUAUUUUGGAGAAAUGCAGUGACAUUUUUGGACAAGUUGGUUUAUUAUUAUUGUUUUAAGUUAUAUACACGAGUACAAUUUGAGAUCCUGCUGUUCUCAUUUUUACGGACUGGAAUUAAUUAUACAGUGUAAAUAAUAAAUAUACAGUAUCUAUUUUAUGCAA